GCUGCCGCGUCACGCAGAACCAUAAUGGCGGCGAACUUAGCGACUCGGGAGCCGUGCACGGAGAAUAAACAUACAGCGUGCAGCGCAGCAAUGACUUCCGACGGGUUAAUUAGACGUUCCGUUCAAAAGUGCUUCUCUUCCUUAAUCGAUUCGAUCAUAGAGUUUAGCACUGAGGUCAAACUAAACCCUGAGUAUUUGAGCAGCACUGGCAGCGUGAGUGAACGUGACUUCACUGCUCUCCAGCCAUCGCACGUGUACAGCUGUUUACAGCAGCACAUCUGCAAGUUACAGGCCAUAUCGUCACACCUGAAACAAAUACUAGAUGCUGAAAGCCCAUCUGAAUCUUUCAAUAAUGAAAAAACGGAAAAAUCCAAGAAUAAGUUGGCAGCAGCGUCUGAAGAAGAGAUGGCGGUAGACAAAGAGCUCUUUCCUACCACAUCAUACCAACACACUGCCGCAAUUUCCCAACCUGAUGACCGCUGUGUUCAGAUCAAAGCUGGCAAAGCUGAGAUUGAACGUAGGAUCUCUGCAUUUAUAGAGCGCAAACAGCUGGAGAUCAAUGAAAACAAUGUGCGGGAGUUUUGCAAUGUGAUCAACUGCAAUCAGGAAAACAGUUGUGCUAGAACAGAUGCAGUCUUCACACCCUAUCCAGGUUUUAAGAGUCAUGUAAAAGUGACCCGAGUGGUGAAUACGUAUGGGCCCCAAACCAGAGGUGGGCACACUGAGCAGGGAGAACAGCACCAAGGCUUGUACAGCAGAGACUGUGGGAACCCAGUCAUCGAGGAGCGGCUAAACAACAUAGAGGCACACCUGAAGCUACCAGCAGCAGGUCCUGUGCCUCAGAGCAUUUACCAGCGGCUUAAAAAGUUAGAGGAUCGAAUCUUGGAGCUUGAGGGUCUUUCCCCGGAGUACUUCCACUCUACGGGUUACUUUCACAAACGUCUGAAAGGUUCAGUUUCUCAGAAUUAUAGCCUGAGCGAGUUAGAUGGAAAAAUCAAUGCAGUUCGAACUGCUUUACUGAAGAGAGCAAGCGAGUUCCAGUCCAGAGAUGUCGGGGAGUUUCCAUUCUGACAAACACACUGUUGUCAAACAGUACCUCCACCCUGAAGAUUUGUCUUUCUUCAUUUUAUAUAUAUAUAUAUAUAUAUAUAUAUAUAUAUAUAUAUAUAUAUAUAUAUAUAUAUAUAUAUAUAUAUAUAUAUAUAUAUAUAUCUGUACACAAUAUUGAGUUUAAAAAUGAACUAAAUACCUGUACAUGCUCAUUCUUAUGUGUUGUAAAUAUAUUUUUUUUGUCUUCAAAUCUGUUGAGUAUUUGAAUAUUUUGCACACAAUCAUACACAACAUAUUGACUGUUUUUUGUCUAAGGUUGUUUGAUUGAUCAGGUCCAUCAAAUCGAUUUACAAGUAUAGUAUUCAUUCAUUUUCCUAAAGUAGACUUUUUUCUUGAGCUGAUCCUGGGAAUGUUUGUUUAGCAUGAGGCAGGGACACAUCCUGAAUGGGACACCAGUCCAUCAAAUGACCAUCAUACACAGGUACAUAUAAACACACCUGACAGCAGAUUAGUGUAAACAAACGAUCAGCUGGCAUGUUCUUGGAAGGUUGAAGGAAACUGAAAAACCUUAAUAAAGAUUUAAAUGUUUAACCCA